UGUACUUUUGUUGUCAUCAGCGGGCCGUAGCAGCAGAAUGAAUCAGCCGACGUGAGAGUCGUUUGGAUUACAACGGUGCUGUUGUGGAGGGCUAACUUUAGCUAAACCUUUAGCUUCCUGUUAGGCAUUAGGGAUUACGCUUGUCAAACGAGAGAGAUUUGAGUACUAAAGCGACGUUAUUUAAAAUUUGCUAGUCUUCUAAAUCGGGAAAUGACAUUAAAACCCGCACGUGCUCUAGAAAAAUUGGGUAAAUCUAACUAACGUGAGAUGGCUAGCUAAUGUGUCAUCAACUUAUUUAUCUCCUAACUUGGUCUUUUCACGGGCCUUAGCUGCCGCUACAUGUCACUGAGCUACCGGGAGAUUGCUAGCCCGGCGUUUAGCUAGACACCGCAACAACGACCAGUUUAAAUAAGAAUUAAAGUGAAAGGAAAUAACAUUGCUAGCGUAGUUAAGCUAACCAGUUCGAACUUGUAAUAUGAAAAAAUCACAAUCCGAUAAGUUGGGCUUUGUUUCUCAAAAAGAUAUAGUUUACAACAAACUUUUGCCAUACGCGGACAAGCUAGAUGAUGAAUCUAACGAUAUUUUGAGCAAAAUUAAAGGAAAUUUGGGCAGAGCUGUGCAACUUAGAGAAAUAUGGCCCGGUGUUUUGUUUUGGACAAGAAAACUUUCCACGUAUAUGAGACUCUAUGGACGGAAGUUCAGCAAAGAAGAUCAUGUACUGUUCAUAAAGCUGCUCUAUGAGCUAGUGACGAUCCCUAGACUGGAGAUCAGCAUUAUGCAGGGUCUUGCACGACUUCUAAUCAACCUUCUCAAAAAGCGAGAGCUACUGUCAAGAGAGGAUCUUGAGUUGCCGUGGAGACCACUGUAUGAGCUGCAUGACAGGAUUCUUUUCUCAAAGACGGAGCAUCUGGGCCUCAACUGGUUUCCAAACUCAGUGGAAAGUGUUUUAAAGACGCUCAUAAAAAGCUGCAGACCAUACUUCUCAGAGGAUGCUACUCAGGAGAUGCUGGAUGAGUGGAGACCCCUUCUCUGUCCCUUCGAUGUCACCAUGCAAAGAGCAAUCAGUUACUUUGAGCUCUUUUUACCCACAACUCUUCCCCCUGAGCUUCACCAUAAAGGAUUCAAGUUAUGGUUUGACGAGCUCAUCACCCUUUGGGAGUCGGUGCAAAAUCUUCCAGGAUGGGAAGUUCACCUGGUCAACCUCUUUGCUAGGUUGGCUAAUGACAACAUUGGCUACAUUGAUUGGGACCCAUAUAUUCCUAAGAUUUUCACAAAAAUCUUGAGAAGCUUAAAUCUUCCUGUGGGAACCAGUCAGAUCUUGGUACCCCGUUACGUCACCAAUGCCUACGACAUCGGACAUGUGGUGUUUUGGGUUUCAUCACUCUUGGGAGGACCUAGCAAGCAAGCUCAAGCGCAGCUCAGUGGCCUUUUCAAUAGCAUCACAUCCUUUUUCCACCCAUCAAACCAUGGCCGCUGGCUGAUGAAGCUCAUGAAGCUGCUGCAACGCCUUCCAGCAAGUGUGGUCCGGAGGCUCCACAGAGAGCGCUAUCGAAAACCUUCUUGGCUAACACCAAUACCAGAAAGCCACAAGCUUACCGAGGAAGAUAUCACGGAGUUUGUAAAGAGCAUGAUGCAGCCAGUUCUGCUCGCCAUGUUCAGCAAGACUGGUAGUCUCGAUGCUGCCCAGGCGCUGCAAAACCUUGCUUUGAUGAGACCUGAGCUGGUUAUCCCCCCUGUGCUUGAGAAAACAUAUCCUGCCCUGGAAACCCUGACGGAGCCCCACCAGCUGACAGCCACUCUGAGCUGCAUGAUCGGCGUCGCACGGAGUUUAGUGUCGGGCGGGGAGCGCUUCCCUGAGGGGCCAACUCACAUGCUGCCCCUGCUCAUAAGAGCCCUACCAGGCGUGGACCCCAAUGACUUCAGCAAGUGCAUGAUCACAUUCCAGUUCAUUGCUACGUUUGUGACUCUAGUGCCUUUGGUGGACUGUUCGACUGCCCUGCACGAAAGAACAGACUUGACAGAGGUGGAUAGAGAACUGUGCUCUGCCUCAGCUGAGUUUGAAGAUUUUGUGCUUCAGUUCAUGGACAGAUGCUUUGCUCUGAUAGACAGCAGCACUCUUGAACAAACAAGAGAAGAAACCGAAACAGAAAAAAUGACUCAUCUGGAGAGUCUGGUGGAGCUCGGACUGUCCUCCACCUUCAGCACCAUCCUUACUCAGUGCUCCCUGGAAAUCUUUAAGGUGGCUUUGGAAAAAGUCUUUAACUUUGCGACCACAAACAUCUUUGAGACGCGCGUGUCUGGCAGAAUGGUGGCUGACAUGUGUCGAGCCACUGCCAAAUGUCAUCCAGCAGAGUCACUCAAGCUGUUUGUGCCACACUGCUGCAAUGCCAUAAACCAAAUUGCUGUCAAUGAGGAAGUGUUAAAUGACGAAGAGCUUGACAAAGAGUUGCUGUGGAAUCUGCAGCUGCUUUCCGAGGUUUCUCGGGUGGACGGAGACAAGCUCUUGCUGUAUCGCUCUGACCUGCUUCAGAUUUUGCAGUUGACCCUCCGUCUGAAGUGUAAGCAGGGUUACACUUUGGCGUGCAACCUGUUGCACCACAUCCUUCGCUCUACUGCCCUCAUCUACCCCACAGAGUACUGCAGUGUACCUGGAGGUUUCCAUCAGCCAGUCGGUGACUACCUCCCAAUUAGGGACUGGGGGCGGCCUGGGGACUUGUGGAACUUGAAUAUCCAGUGGCAUGUUCCCAGUGUUGAGGAGACCUCUCUGGCUUUUUAUUUGCUGGACCUGAUUCUCCAGCCUGAACUUCAGCGGCUUCGGAGAUUUGCAGCAGGCGAACAGGACAUGAGCAGAGACGACGUCCUAAAAAGUCUCACCAUUGUUCAUCACUGUCUUCUGGGAGCGGGCAGCUUGAUGCCUCCACUAACAGGGGAGCCCAUUCCAGAUUUGGUUUGUAGCAUGGUAAAUCUGGAUGAGACCACCUUGUACACAGGAAUGGAAUAUGAUCAGACCAGAGAGAACUACAGAGAUGCUAUCUGCAGUGUGAUGAGGCAGCUGCUUCAUUAUAUUCUGGAGCACUCUGAAGAUGACACCAAAUCUCUUUUUUUGAUCAUUAAGAUUGUCAGUGACCUCCUACACUUUAAAGGUUCUCACAAGCACGAGUUUGACUCCCGCUGGAAGAGUUUUAACCUUGUAAAAAAAUCAAUGGAAAACAGGCUUCAUGGCAGAAAACAACACAUCAGAGCUUUGCUCAUUGACAGAGUCAUGCUGCAGCAUGAGCUGAGAAAACUGACGAUGGAAGGGUGUCAGUACAGGAGCAUUCAUCAGGAGCUGAUGAGAGGUCUGUUGAGGCUUUCUACCAGUAGAUAUAGUCAGGUACGCAGCAGAGCUCAAAGUGUGCUCUUCACCGCGCUGGGAACCUACAACUUCUGCUGCAGAGAUUUGAUCCCUCAUGUUCUUGAGUUUCUCAACCCAGACAACAGCAGUGUCACUCAGCAGCAAUUCAAAGGUGCCUUGUACUGCCUUCUAGGGAACCACAGUGGAGUUUGCCUGGCUAAUCUCCAUGACUGGGAGUGCAUUUCUCUGACAUGGCCUGCCAUCGUGCGCUCUGGUCUGAGUUCUGCCAUGUCUUUGGAGAAGCCCUCUAUUGUGCGGCUCUUUGAUGAUCUUGCAGACAAGAUUCAUCGCCAGUACGAGACCAUUGGCAUCGACUUCUCUAUCCCAGAUGACUGCUGUGCUCUGGCAAAGACACUCAUGACUGCAGGAAAUCCAUUACCGGAGGCUCUUAUCCCCUCUGAGGAAGAGGAGGCUGAAGGUCUAAAAAGACAGAGGCAUAAGAACUCUGAAUCUGUAGAAAAAUACCAACAGCUCAUUAGUGAUCUGCUGGACUGCCUUGGCAACAGGAACAUGCCUUGGAAGUUUGAACACAUUUCAAUCGGCUUCCUGUCUUUGUUGUUGAGAGAUGACCACCAGCUUCCACCUGCAGCUGUUACAUUCUUUGUGAAAAGCCUUAACCAUGAUUCCCUUUAUGUUCGCAAGGUGGCGAUAUCAGCUGUGGCUGGGGUCAUGAAGCAAAUUAAGAAACCGCAUAAGAAAGUUCCGGUCAGCCCUUCUGAGCUUUGUGAAAUGAAGGACACAAAGACGGUUGUCGCAGGGGACCGUCCAGACAACCAGUGGCUCCAGUACAACAGCAGCAAACUUCCAUUAAAACAGGAAGACUGGGAUGCUUGUGUUUUUGUGGAAAAAACUCACUGGGGAUACUACUCUUGGCCAAGAAAACUGAUGGUUUAUGCACCAGAAAAGGAGCAGCCCAAGCAGAACCUGUGCAAAGAGGAAAUGGCAGAGCGGGAGCAGAUCAUCUUUGAUCAUUUUUCAGAUCCCAUAUUCAUAAAUCAGUUCAUAGAGUUUCUGUCUCUCGAAGACCGGAAGGGCAAGGACAAGUUCAGCCCUCGCAGAUUCUGUUUGUUUAAGGGCUUGUUCCGUAAUUUUGGGGAUGCCUUUCUGCCUGUGUUGCGGCCUCACAUGGAGCGGCUGGUCACAGACUCUCAUGAGAGUAAGCAGCGCUGCGUUGCAGAGAUCAUCUCUGGAUUGAUCAGAGGAUGCAAACACUGGAGCUUCUCAAAGGUGGAGAAUCUGUGGGGGGUGUUGUGUCCUUUGCUACACACAGCUUUGUCAAAUAUAACAAUAGAAACAUAUGCAGAUUGGGGCACAUGCAUUGCCACCGCUUGUGAAAGCAGAGACCCACGCAAGCUUCACUGGCUGUUCGAAAUGCUGAUGGAAUCUCCGGUCAACGGAGAGGGCGGCUCUUUUGUAGAUGCUUGUCGCCUGUACGUGCUACAGGGAGGUCUGGCCCAGCAGGAGUGGCGCGUACCAGAGCUUCUGCACAGAUUGCUGCAAUAUUUGGAGCCCAAACUCACUCAGGUCUACAAGAAUGUACGAGAGCGAAUUGGCAGCGUGCUCACGUACAUCUUCAUGAUUGAUGUCAACUUGCCGUUCACUCAGCCAACUACCUCCCCGCGCAUCGCAGACUUCACAGAGCGAAUGCUGUUGCAGCUGAAGCCUCUAAUGGAGGGGGAUGAGGAAAUCCAGAACCAUGUUGUGGAGGAGAAUGAGGUGGGGGAGCAGGAUGAGAGGACACAAGCAAUCAAGUUGCUCAAAACAGUGCUCAAGUGGCUGAUUGCAAGUGCUGGGCGCUCUUUCACCACCGCUGUCCCGGAGCAGCUACGACUGCUCCCUCUGCUCUUUAAGAUCGCUCCAGUUGAGAAUGAUGACAGUUAUGAUGAACUGAAGAGAGACGCAAAGACUUGUCUUUCCUUGAUAUCUCAGGGACUCCUCUACCCAGAGCAGAUUCCGAUGGUCCUAACUGUAUUGAAAGAGAUUGCUGGCAGCAGCUCUUGGCAUGCCCGGUACACAGUGCUGACGUACCUCCAGAUCAUGGUCUUUUACAACCUGUUCACCUUCAUGAGUGACCAGAAAGCUGUGAAUGAUGUACGUGGACUUGUGAUCAAACUGCUGGAAGACGAGCAGCUCGAGGUUCGAGAAAUGGCUGCCACUACUCUUAGUGGCUUCCUUCAGUGCAACUUCCUGUCCAUGGAUGCUCCGAUGCAGGCGCACUUUGAGGCUCUCUGCAAAACACGUUUGCCAAAGAAGAGGAAAAGAGAGCUUGGCUCUGUGGUAGAUACCAUACCCUCUGCUGAUCUGAUGCGUCGCCAUGCCGGUGUGCUUGGUUUAAGUGCUUGCAUUCUCUCCAGCCCAUACGAUGUUCCCACCUGGAUGCCCCAGCUUUUAAUGGACCUGAGUGCUCACCUUAAUGAUACGCAACCCAUUGAGAUGACAGUAAAGAAAACUCUGUCAAACUUCCGCCGCACUCACCAUGACAACUGGCAGCAACAUAAACAACAGUUCACAGAUGAUCAGCUGUUGGUCCUCACCGAUCUGCUCGUCUCCCCGUGUUAUUAUGCCUAAAACCAGUUUGGGAUGAUCCCAGACAUCAGACACCAGCUUGGAGAUCAGACUCCGUUCCUGACUGAAUAACUAAUUGGAUGAAACAGGAAACCAGGGCAGAUCUGGAAGAAAUAAAGCUGUGCACUGCAUUAGGAUUUGUGACACAUGAUUGAAACGUGUGUAAAAGAAUUUAGCGCAUUUAUGUUUUUACUAUACUUAAUAUUUAAGGAUCAAUCAUGGCAGGGAGGACCUGCAGUUUGUAACAUUACUGUACAGAUAUAUUUUCCCCCUUUCUUUGUGGCUUGUUUUUAUGCAUGUACACGUUUCUACACGUGUGCUUGUUAAUGGGAUGGUUUAGGACACCACAUGUUUCUCAGGAUUCUAUCCCAUGAAAAGACAGGAUGUCCAGUGCAGGAAACGCAUUUUAACAUCUUCCAGUGGUGAAGUAUUUGCUACAAGCCACAGAGAUUUCAUGAUUUCAAAAAAUGGUCUUUCAACAUACUUUUUGAGUGACUGAUCUGUAUGGGAUGAAUACAUGAUGUAUGUAUAAAAUCAUAAAUCACAAGUAUGCACAAACUCUUAUUUAUUUAGUUUUUUUUUUUUUUUGGAAUUGUUGAUUUUAUUUUCUUUUUCAUUGUAUCUUUGAUAUGUACAUGGGUUAGUUUUUAGCAGUGGAGCCAAUCAUCACUACUCUUUGACAAAACAAAGGACAGGGAGAGUGCAGAGCUCCCCUCAUGUGCUGUGUGAUGCUUUUAUUGUGAAAACCGGAAGAGUUAAAUCAAUGUCAUGCACCUGGGUGCACGGGAAAAGAAGCCAAAAUGCCUGUCCAAAAAUGGUGACCUCCCUUCUCCGACCAGUUCUGUUUGACUUUUCUUAAAACCCAACAGGAGGACAAUGCAAAAGUUCUUUGGCUCGUGUGUGUUUUGGACUUGAAACCAAUCUAAAAAUAAAAGCAUUUAGUACCUCACGUAAAUAUAGUGUAGUGCCAAAACUGCAGGUUUUUCUUUUCCUUUCUUUUUUUUCUCCCUUGUUGAAAGAAAGUACAAUAAAUUGUUUUUGACUAAACUAUUUGUUUUGUUUACCAGUUUGUCUGAAAACAUCACAAGUAAUUUGAUCAUAACAUUUUGUUAGAGUAAAAUAUGAACAAUAUUAAUGGUGAGACAGAAGUCAAUUUCUCCAGAGGAGAACCUUUUGCAGGAUAAAAAUUGCAAAACAGGUCUGAGCUCUGUCUGCAAAGGACAGCUUCUGCACUUUGCUGGUUAAAAAAAAAAUACACUAGACAUUGCAAACAAUGUGCAAAUAGGUGAAUAGAUCAGGAACUAAAAACAAAUAUGACUCGUGGAAUACCGCAAGGAUCGAUAUUGGGCCCCAAAUUAUUUUUUAUAUAUUUGUGAUAUUUGUAAUGUGUCAAACAUAUUAAAAUUAUUUGGUUUUGCAAAUGAUAUAAAGCAAUUGUUUGGUGUGGCAAUGACUGAACUAUUAAAAAAGCAAACUGUGGUAUGACAAAAAGAAAUGACUAACAUCUAUACAAAACCAGACAAAGUUGAAGUUGAUAAUUAAGUACACACAAAAAAAUAGAUGAGAUUAAAUACCUAUGUAAUAUAAUGGAACCAAAAA